CACUUCAAUUACUUGUUUUUCUCUGUUUCUUAGCACCAAUGGCAACACCAGCCAAGCAAAUUACUUGCUUCUUUCUCAUAAUUUUAUCUACUUGUUGCCAAACUCAAGCUAGACAGAGCAAAUUCUUCUCCAAAUAUACUCACCUCAGCACCAACAAUUAUGUCACAGUACCUAGUAGUACUAAUCUCAAAAUAAAUGUGCCCUCAUCUCCAACUCCAUCCUCAGCUCCCAUCACAAGCCAAAUCAGUGGUGUCCCGGCAUCGGCGCCCACGGGGGAUCCCUCCGGCUCCUCCCUGGCCCCAGCCCCUACAACCCUAGGAGACGAAGAGAGCCCGUCCCCGGCCCCCACAACUCUAGGCUCCGAAUACAGCCCCACGGCAGCCCCUGUCACCCUAGGGGCCGGAGAGAACCCUGGCUCCGCCCCCACAACCCUAGGCACCGACCACAGCCCGGCCCCGGCCCCGCCCCCAGCUGAGGAUGAAAUACCAUAUUAUGGCCUCUAUGGCAAGAAUACCAAUGAGGAAGAAGAGGAGGAAUUCUCCGCUGAAGAUCUUGAGGAGCUGAACAACAACAGAGAAGCCAACACUUACAGCAACAACAACAACGGCUUCUUGACGUCGAACUACAAGAGCUACUACGACACCAACAAUGGCUACGAUUUCAACAGCAAGCAACAGGGCAUGAGUGAUACGAGAAUAGAAGACAACAGUAAGUACUACGACACCGAGCACGAAAACUACAGCCCGAGCAGGCCUAGGUAUGACAACAUACCGCAGGGAAUGAGUGAUACGAGAAUGAUAGACAACGCUAAGUACAGCCCGGUCGGGAUCGAGAACGACAAUGAGGAGGGCUACUAUUAUGGUGGGAGCUACAAGAAGUCGAAAUACGAGUUCGAUUCGAUGGAAGAGUAUGAGAAACAGCAGGGAUAUGAAGAUGUUCAGCAAGAGUUCAUCAAUCCUUGAACGCUUUGAGGCUGUGUUUUUUGAUGAUUCUAGAGAGAGAAUGAAAGAAAGUAAAGAGAAUGUGGUGUGAAAGCAAGCUUUACUUGCAA